AUGCGUGAUGGAAGCUCAGAUGGGGAAAUCUUGCUAAAUCACCCAUGCGUCCCUCUCACUUUUGAUCUUCCUGCAUCAGCCUCCCCAGGAACUGGGAUUGCAGGCGAUCGCCGCUGUACUCAACUAGGAACUGGGCAGCACUUCGUAGUUCCCACCAGGAAGACAUAUCUCCCUCCGUGGGGCACCAAGGAGAGGCUCCGCCCAGAGCGCUGCCCCGGCCUGACCUCGGACUCGCCCGGGUCAGUGGCGCGCGCACACCUGCAGGCCAAGUUUGCACCCGCCCACGAGUCACAGGGCCAAAGUGCGGCUGGCGACCCUCCAAAGUCACAUUGCAUUUGCCAGUGUGCUUUCUUCACAAACAGAGAGCUAUUUCCCAACCCCGAAUGCAGAGGAUCUGAAGAACCCACAGCCCUGGCAAUUAAUUCCCACCACACUCUCAAAGAAAAAGGGAGCGCCUCAAGGACAUUGGGUCCCUGCGGUUGCACUGUCCGUGCCCAGCUCGGCAGAGGGAGCCGGGGCAGCAGCCCGGGCCGCGCCUGCGUCCACACCGGACCGGACGCCGCGGCCAGGCUAACGGACCCGUCAUUUGGCUCAGUGAACAGGGACGUCAGGCGGCGCCCAAUGCAAGCCCUUCGGGUGGGCCGCUCCCCUCUGCGCCGUCGGUGCCUUCCCGAACAUGGCGCAGGCGGGAGCGAGGGCGAAGCCGCGGGCACCGCCCCCGGGCACACAGAGACCGCUCCUUUCCGGUACACCCGCACUACACAACCAAUAACCCCUCAAGGAGUGUAGUUUCCGCAAGCAGGAGCUAAGGAAACGAGCUGCAGGGGACAGGCCAGGUGCUCAGACUCAACGACAUCAAAGCGGAUGCCACAAGCAACGGGGGAAGGGGCACGGCAAGGAGGACUCAGUGCGCACGCGCGCGGAGGAAAGCCGGGAGCGCUUUGGAGCUGCCUCUCCAUUCGAGGACAGAGAAGUUGCCCCACUGCGCUUGCGCGACAAUGUUGGGGGAGGGGAGAGCCUGUUCCCUUCAUUGUGAGAGAGACCCGCCCCCUCAGGCGAGCGGGCGCGCACGUAGGACUCUCACACUCCGGCGCGCCGCGCUUUCUGCCGUGCUCACCGCGCAUGCGCGGGGAGGGAGGUGGCUGCGGCGAAACCUGCGGCCUCUUUUGAGUUUCCCUGAGAAGUUUCUGGAAUGACGGAGCCUAAGGGAAGCUGGGGGAUGGGAAGCGCUGGCAAGCAGCGUUUGAGAGAAGGCGAAAUAUCUAAAGCAGACCGCCCGCCAUCGCCGUGCUUCCAACUCUCCAGCCACGGCCAAAAGAGCCGGACCCCACCGAAGCCCUCACACCGUGGGGAAAACCAUGGGGACCGCCCAGACCCCUCGCCUCCGGGACAGGGAGCGGGCAGAGAUGGCCGGAAACGUCCGGAGCGCCACGAGACGUUUGCACGGCGGAGCGGGCGCCGGCGGCCCGGAGUUCGAGCCGCGCUAGAACGCGGCGCAGCAGCGGGGCUCGGGUUUAGGGGCGUCAGAUCCCGUUUUCCGUAGCCUGCCCUCGUUGGAGGCUCUGUGAUUUCGCCGCCACCUGGCUCCACUUUGGUGGCGUGGAGCUAACGCUGCGAGCGGAGGGAAGCUGCUCUACGUGACCGCACCGGCCUGAGGCUCCACGGGGCGGGGGCGGCGGCGCCUCGCGUCCCGGGCCGGGCGCCUGGCUGCCAUUUUGUGGCGCGGCCGCCAUUUCGCGCCGCGCGGGGGGCGGGGCGGGGCGCGGCCCCUUUGUUCCUGGGAGGCGCUUGGCGCGUGCGGCCCCGCGGCCUGGGAACCUGGAUCGAACGUCCCACGCCUUCCCCGCGCACGCCGCGCGUGGACGGCGCGGAAGGAGGACGCCUUGCCAGGGGAGGGUUAACGCAGCGUGCAGGGCCGCCCUGCGGAGCCUCGGGCCCGUGGGAGGAGCAAAGCUUGGGCCCUCAUGGCGCUCUGCAAAGAACUUGAGGGGCAGAGCGGGCCGCUGCGGGAGCCCUAACAAAGGUGCUGACGCCCGUGGGCAGGCCGAUCGCUUUACAAAGGAAAAAGCCGCGGUAGUGCCUGAAGCGCGGCGGGCGGAGACCAGAGCUCGCAUCUGAUUGGCUGGCCCCCUGCUCGCACUGCGCAGCUGCGAUCCGACGCGGUCUAUGGUGCAUUAUUUACCUCUGGGCGUCAAUCAGCUCGAACAACGGAUCGUGAAGUCUCUAGUUUCUGUCUGUUGAGAACAUCUUCCGUUUAACUGCUUUUUCAAAUCUCUUACGAGAAUGUAAAUAACCAGCUGACUGAAUAAAAUCUAUUAUGUGCC